AUGGCUACGAUGAAUAGUGAUCUUCUGAUCACGAAGACGACGGUGAUUCUCGAUCAACCGUCAGAUUGGCAGAAGUGGAUCUUCCUGCGCAAAGAUAGCGCGCAGCGGAACGAUCUAUGGGCGUACGUUAACCCUAACGUUGCGACAGAAACAGUACUCAAGCUCGAAGAUGAGAAGCCUGCGAAGAAAGAAGCAGGAGUUUUCUACGGACGAGGCCGAACGGCCGGCAUGGUUUACGACCUCGAGCAUCUCGAUGAGCACGAAUACCGGAAGUACUCAGCCUGGUACACUAGUUACCAGAAGGAACUAACAAAGUUCGAAAAGAAAGAACUCGCUUUAAGGCAGUUCAACAGCGAGAUCGCGACAACGAUCUCAGAGCGUCGACUUCAUUGGAUCAUGAAUCUAGAUACGCCGCACGCACGAUUGAGGAAACUCAAGAACCAGCUCUGUCCAUCGACAGCAGAGCGAGAGACUCAGCUACUCUCGCAAUACCUGGCGCUUCGCAAGAUGCCAAAGCGCGCCAACAUUGAAUCCUGGCUUGAUAGCUGGGAGGAGCUCCUUGAGCUUAUGGCCGCGGCUGAGAUGGCAGAAGUGAAGGGUACAAGGGCACAGCGGGACUUUCUCGACUCGGUGCAAUCGACUGAUGAUUCAUGGGCUACAUCACAAAGGAUUAGCAUGAUCGCAAAGCAAGAGGAAGGAGAGUCCUUCUUACCAGCGGUUGAUCUUGUGGGGCGAUUUCGACUAUACUAUCGGCAAACGAAACCAGUGGCUUCAACGCUGGGAACCUUUGCGGCGUUAGGCGACCCACAGGAAAUAUCACAGGAUACUGAUAAGUUUCGAAAGAUUAACUGCCUGUGUGGAGAGAAGCAUCGCUUUUAUUGA